CUGGGUACACAUCAGCAUGCAUUUACUGUACUACUGGGCUGGCUGCCCAUGUACCAUAUGUAUGCAUAUGACACGCUUGAGUUCCUCUUUAAACCUAAUCAUACUGCCUUAUCAGUAUAUUGUUUGCUAUCAUCAGGUACUUUUUUAUACUCGCAGUGAUAGGUUCUUCUUUCUCUUCGUUCAACACACGCGAGACAACAUGGUGGGAUUUGGCCCGCAGUCAGGCACACUCAGCCUUACCGUUAUAGAAGGCAAAGACCUUCCAGCAGCCGACAGGAACGGGUUUUCAGACCCCUUUGUGACCAUUUCUGUGAAUAACAAACUAUUAGAAGACGUUAAGUCAGAGAGGAUUAAACGAACACUAAAUCCAGUUUGGAAUUGGAGCCAAGAUAUUGCGCUCGAAGACUGCACCCAGGUGUCCAUCACUGUGUGGGAUUGGGACCGACUGGGUAAAAACGAUAAACUCGGAAUGAUUGCUCUAACAUGCCCGCUAAAAAAGCUUGUGGACCAAGAUAUCUGGGAAACGCUCAACACUGGCAAAGGUCAACUGCACGUGAAGUACCGUUUCAUCCCGGAAGACUUUGAGGGCAAUUCUCUGGACCCCACUGCCGAGGCUGUGUUGGCAGCCAUCAAGAAAGGUGUAGAAGGACAAGAGGGAGGCGAUGACGAGGAGUUGGAAUUGGGCGGAGCUGGGCUGCUGAGUGGCACCGCACAGACACGUAUAGUCGACGGUCGCCCGGUUAAUGUCGCACGCCCACACGCACCCUUGUUUGCGGAUAAGAAGGACAUUGUGCUGAACCCGGCGGUUCUCGGUAUCAGGCGGCUGUUGAAACCGGCUAUAUUCAAUAUGAUAUCGCUCUUCUUCUCGUACUGGCUGGGCAAACACGGGUACGGGGCAGUAUACGGUUUUUUUAUGGUGGUGAUGGCCUUCUCGCUGGAAGAGAUCUGGUCCGUGCGCGCGGUCAAGAUGGUCGCCAAGGACUUUGAGAAGGACUUUGACGAGGAGCACUACCCCGAUGACGAGACCGCGGAGUGGCUAAACGCCAUUUUGGACCGUGUGUGGCACAACUUCCCUCGCGUAGCUGAGAAGAUGGUGUCGGAUAUCAUAGCCCCGCAGCUCGACGCCAACAAGGAGAUGCUGGCGUUGAGCAAGCUGGAACUCGAGGACUUCGACUUUGGCACCCGCGCACCGAACCUGACGGACUUGCGCGUGGUGCAUGACGAGCCCAACGAGUUUAUCUUCGACUUUGACUUCGAUUGGGACUGGGACUUUGAGGUGAAGAUUCGGGCCACCAAGGGUGUCACCAUGCCGCUGGCCGUCAAAGACUUCAUGCUGCACUCGAAGUUCCGAGUGUUUAUCCAUUUGACACCCGACCGCGCGCCCUACUGCUCGUUUGCCUGGGUGCAGAUGAUCCAGAAACCCAAACUGGAUGUGUCUGUAGUACCGCUGGUGGAGAUCACGGCCAUUCCUGGCCUGGACGCGCUGAUCAAGAGCACCAUCCUGGGCAUCAUCACUAACCUUAUGGUACUGCCCAACCGCUUGGAGCUCGAUCUGGCAGAGAUCAUGCAGGUGGAGGUGCCUUUGGAGGACAUGUUGAACCCAGAGGCCCAUCGUGCGAAGCUGGAGUCGGAGAUGGAGUUUUCCAAGACCGGCAAGUCCGUGGCUGUGAAAUCACCGAAGCCGAAGAAUAAGAAGUAAACGUGAAUGUAGUGGAUUGUCAUGAGCAUGGGCGCCGCAAAACACAUGGGCCUUUGCCAAGCUGCGUAGGAGUGUUUAAGCAAUGCGCAGUGUCUGUCAUUUGCAUACCACUGGGACGCUUGUAUAUCUUAGACUGGAUCUAGGAAUGCUUUGUGAUCCAUCAAUUUCGUCUACCUGUUGAGUCGCAGACGUUGAUGCGGUUCCGCAUUGGUUGUACCAUAUUGCUUUAAAUAAACUGUUGACCUUG